GUGGUAGGGAGUCGGAGGCCGCCUGGACCCCGUAAUUUCCGCUAGACAGGUGUAUCAUACAUUAGCUGUUGUUGCGACAGCGCACACAGGUGCCAUGGCAGAGGCCAGUGGGUCACCUUGCAGGCGGCCAGAUGACACCAGCACGCCGGAGCUGACUGACUCGCCCAGGCGGGGCGCCAGCAACAUAUCAACCAGCACGAGCAGCUUCGAAGCGGGUGUCCAGCACGACCCGAAUCUCAACCGACUGGCGAUCAACAUGUUUACCAAGACGGAGCAGUACCUGCAGGGCGAGCUAGAUUCCGUCACGGGCGAGUACCAGCUGCUGACGUUCCGCCGGCGAGUACCAGCUGUGACUGAGAUGAACCGACGCACUCAUGCCAAGUACGAGGAGAUGAAGGCAGUGGGCCAGGAGACUCAUUCCGCUAUCGAGCAACUCAACACCAAGUAUACCGAGCUCGAGCCAUACCUCAGGCAGCUGGAGGACGUGGACCAGAGCCUGGCCAAGCUGGAGGCGGUCGCCAUCCAGCUGGACGCGUACUCCAAACAGCUGGAGUCGCGAUUCCGAGCCGUCAGCGGCCGGUGAUGGCGAUGAUGGUGACGAAGUGGGUGGUGAUGUUGAUGAUGCUGGUGCAGGCAGUGUUCACGGUGAUCCGAUAACCGUUUGGUGAUGCUGCGAAGCGCCACAGUGCGCCUGAACAGUAUCAGGGCAUUGAGGCAUCAACCAGGCAGGCCUUUUGGCGAGGGUGAUCCGUUGCGUGCCGCGACGCAGCGCACGCCAGCAUACCCCGUGAUGACGUCACCUCAUCCGGGACAUUGGCGGUGUCGCUGCCGUCGCCUGCAGCGCACUUCGGCACGCGUCGACAGCCCUGCGGACGACGUCACGUCCCCUGCCUCGUCCACCGGUGUGCGUGCGUCUGUAUAUAUACACCGGGGGCGAGACGCUAACGCGUCGGAACACAGGGACGCUGCCAGCACGGCCUCGGGACACAGGGACGCUGCCACCACCGCCUGCGGGGCCUGGAAAACCAUGCGCCGUCACGUGGGGUUCCGGCGCCCGUGCCGGCUUAACUGUAGCUGAUUAGUAGUGAUGGCCCCUCCACUGCUGCCUGUCAGCGCACUCCCCCGAGGCUCGGGCAGGGGGCUCGGGCAGGGGGCGUGGGCAGGGGGCGGGGCAGCCGCGGCCGGCGGAGGCCGGUUGUCUCGGCACAUCCUCGGUCGAGGCCGGCGCCAUCGGCGCUGCGCUUGUGUUGUUAGAUGGGAGGGUGUGUGUGUUGUGUUGUUGGAUGCAAGGGUGUGGCGUGAUUUUCCACGCGAGGUGCAGUGUUGACGGGCGUGCGGUUGGCCGUUUCCCUCACGCUGCUCCCACGUGGCCGUCGACAUGGGCGGCGACCGGCGGCGACCCUCUCUUGCAGUGACGCCUCUGACCGUGACCACGUCCGGCGGCGGGCCGGUCCCGGCUCGUCUGGGUCGCGUGGUGCUGCGCGCCUGUCCAGCCGGAUCGGGGAGGUCCUCGGACGCAAGGGGGGGGGGGGGGACGUUGCUGGGCGGGAUUUGGGCGGCGUGGACGUGCCAUCAUAGCCGUUGGAGGCCAUUGAGCGUGCGUUAGUGGCCUCUUCAUCAUCGGUUUGACGCCCACGCACGUUCCUGGCCUGAAAGUCGCCUCGGGCCCGCCUUCUGCUCAUUUUUCCCUUGCUCCAAACUCGUGCGUAAUUGAAUCAAAAUCGCUCACUUCUUACCGUCUUUGCAUUCUUCCGUAAAUUGAGCGUCAGCGUGCUUGCGUCGCUUUCUAAUCGUCGGCGCCACCAAGACUUGCAACUUGUUAGCGGAUCUCAUUAGCCCCGCCGUCGUCAGCUCCACCCCCGCCGCCGUUGCCGCCCUGUCGCCGACCCGCGUACGUGCCGCCAGGGUCAGACAACCGUCUUCCGCCGAUGCAUGCUUUUGAAGCAAGCACGGUCUUGGCGACAGUCGGGCUGGGGCGUGCUCGCCGCCCUCCCCGGCCGUGCGGCGCCGGUCGGACCCCGGCCACUGUCACGGAGUCCCGACAUUCCGCCAGUGAUUGGCGUCGACGCGGGAGGG